UUCAUCAUGAUCAUCUGACAAUGUUCUUGUCUUGCCAUUGGCAAGCUCGCGACGCCAAUGCAUCACCGGGGAACGCUGCGCUGGCGAGGAGGAGGGAGGAACUGCUGUUGGAGCUGCAAGUGGAGCGCAUUCGUCAGGAUAUGAUCUUGCGCGAGCUCGCCGAGACGGAGCGCGCCAUGGCCGCGGGCUUUGCCCCCGCUGGCCACUGGUCCGUGCCAGAGUUGCCACGGUCACAGGACAACUGGCAUUGCAGGCCGUUGUCGGUGACUAAUUGGGAGGAGGCGCCUCUCCGUCUGCCGAGUAAAUGUACCGAGCAUCCUCCUUGCUGCUGCGCGAGCUCCGCGGCGGCUAGACCGCCUCCGGUCUACCCGCACGUGGAGCAGUCACCGUCGCCCAUGCCCUGGCCACGUCCGGCCGAUGACGGUGAGCAGCAGCAAGAGUGCAGGUCAUCUGGGGCGAGUGGUCAUCCAAUGAGAGGCUUUGUGGAACUGUGCCGAUCGCCGAGCAAGCGAUCUCCGGCGGAAAAGGCCUUGGUGCCAGAGGCGGCCAAUGCCAAUGUCAGACGGGCGCGGUCUGCGUCCUUCGGCGAGGAGGUGGCACCAGGACACCAACGGACCGAUGGUGGUUGGGAACGUAAGGCUGAUGUGGAGGACGGCCAUGGCGUGCAGCCGUUGUACGAGUGCAGGAACCAGAACAGUGGGAAGAGAAAGAGUGCUGAGUCUGCCAUGGAGGAUCGGAUCAAUGAACAUCGGCAAUCCUGUCGGUACAUGCCGGCAGGUCAGGAGAACGCAGCAUUCGAUCAGCAGAAGCGGCUAGAGUUCAGUGAGCCUGCACCUGAGCAGCCACAGCCGGGCAGUGACACUAAGCAGCAAGAGUGCAGGUUAUCUGGGGCAACAGCGCAUCGAAUGAUCUUUUUGGAACGUUGCCGAUCACCAAGCAAGCGGACUCUGGUGGAAGAGACCUUGGUUCCAGCGGCGGCCAAUACCAUUGGUGGGGAACCUAAGCUUGAUGUGGACGACGGUCACGGCAUGCAGCUGUUAUACGAAAUCAGGAGUCAUGGUGCCGAUUAUUCUACAUCUGAAACAACAUCCUCUGGGCUGAAGAGGAAACUGACCGCGGCAACCCCACUCAUGAAGAAGCAGAAGCCACUUGAGGAAUGGAGCUGCACCCUCUGCCAGGUGAACAUGACUUGUCAGCGCAACCUGCACGAACACAUGGCCGGCCGGCAGCACCAGUCGAAUGUCGAAGCACUGCAAACAAGGAACAAACCCGCUGAGCUCAACCCAGAAGCAAUACCUGAUGAAUGGAGCAAGAACUCGGCAAAGAAUAACGAACACUUGCGCCGCGACGGCAAGGAGAACGCGGCAGAGAACAGCGGGCCGCGGCAGGGAGAGAAGCCGCGCGGUAAGGGCAACGUCAACGUGCAUAAGCCGGCGGCGUCGAGAUGGACGUGCAGCCUCUGCCAGGUCAAAUGCACCUGUGAGUCGGAAUACCAUGACCACCUCAGGGGCAGGCGGCACCGGGGGAACACGGAGGCCCUGCGCUGUGCGGUCUGCGACGUGCAGUGCAGCAGCGAGAAGAUGCUGGCGUCGCACCUCGGCGGGCGGAGGCACCCGUUGCCAGUAGGGCCCUACAGAGAAUUUGGGGCCUGUGCUAAAUUCAAAAUUGAGCUUUAUUGGCUCGCUUGCCCACUAAGCAAUCUCGAUGGUGGAAAAGAAGAGAAGAUCCGGCCGCUUUUAACCGUCGUCGUCGCAAGCUCAGAGUCUCCCCUUCCCACUGUUCAUUUGCUUUUGCUCGCUCCCUUUCCUCUCGCGCCCUCCUCCGCCGGAACAGCAGCCACCAGAACCCUUCCGUUUCCUCGCGCUGCUUCCCCGGGCGACCGAUGGAAUUCGCUCGCCGAGGCCCAGCCACCGCCGAGGCCGACGAGAACGGCGGCCGCUGCUUCCCCUACCUUCCGCCGCCGCACGGAAUUCCGCGCUGCUUGUGCAGGAGACGCGAUGCUGGUGAUCAGGGACGCGCUGCUGUCGCAGCUCCAGAAUGACCGCCUUCGCCAGGAGAUCAUCAUGGUCGAGCUGGGCAAGAUAGAGCGCGCCAUGGCCCUGCGCUCCGCUUCCCACCAAGGCAUUGCCUCUGCCGUUGCCGAACGGGCUGAACCGGCGCCCUUCGCCUUCAGUGAGCAGUUCAUGACGCACAGCAGAGGGGCUGUUAGUCCCGAGCGUAAGGUCGGCGUAGAUGAGGCCCAUGAUCUGAAGAAGAAAGAUGGAGUGCACGGGGGUGUAGAAUUGAAGUCCAAGAAGCCUGCCAUGGAAGAUCUCGUCCGUGUAUGCUUGAAAACUUCUUGUAGUAAUGAUAAGGCGGGAGGUCAGGAGAAUGCAGCACUUAAUGAGUGCAAACUACAAAAAUCCAAUGAGACUAUACUGUCCAAGAGGACGUCGCCAACAGUAAAAUGGAGUUGUGCCAUCUGCCUGGUGGAAGCAACCAGUCAGGGCAACUUGCUGCAGCAUUUUGCAGGGCUGAAGCACCGGUCAAAUGUCAUUGCUCUGGAGGCAGAAGCAAAAGCAGAGAAAUCAAGAAAGGUGAGGCAAUAUGCAGAGAAGCCACGUCCAACAUGGAAUUGCAGAUUUUGCCAAGCAGACUGCACUUGCAAAUCGGACUUGGAGAACCACCUGAAAGGCAAAAGACAUCAAGCAAAGAUCCAAGCCCUGCUGGAAGAAUGCAAGAGCAUGGCAAGGAAUUCUGUGCAUUGGGAAGCGGAUUCGCAUCCAAACAUUGUGCCGCAGGAUGAAGAUAAACCAGCUUCUUCGACUUGCAGCAUUUGCCAAUCUACAACUGAAAGAACAUCCUCUGGGCUGAAUAGGAAACUGACCGCGGCAACGCCACUCAUGAAGAUGCAGAAGCCACUUGGGGAAUGGAGUUGCACCCUCUGCCAGGUGAACCUGACUUGCCAGCGCAACCUGCACGAACACCUGGCCGGCCGGCUGCACCAGACGAAUGUCGAAGCACUGCAAACAAGGAACAAACCCGCUGAGCUCAACGCAAAAGCAAUACCUGAUGAAUGGAACAAGAACUCGGCAAAGAACAGCGAACGCUUGUGCCGCGACGGCAGGGAGAACGUGGCAGAGAACAGCGGACCGCAGCAGGGAGAGAAGCCGCGCGGUAAGGACAACGUCAACGUGCAUAAGCCUGCGGAGAAGGACCGGCUGGAGCCGGCGGUGUCGAGAUGGACGUGCAGCCUCUGCCAGGCCAAGUUUACCUGUGAGUCGGACUACCAUGACCACCUCAGGGGCAGGCGGCACCGGGAGAACACGGAGGCCCUUCGCGCAGACGCGUACUAUUGCGCAGUCUGCGACCUGCAGUGCAACGGCGACAAGAUGAUGGCUUCGCACCUCGGCGGGAGGCGGCACCGGGAGAUGCUCGAGGGCCACGAAUGA